AGAGAGCAAGUGCAGCGAGGAAAGUUCUUCGCGUUUAAUUGCAGGUUUCUGCUGAGCAGAACGUGUGGUGUCUUGAUUGACUUGAUUGCUGCUACUGAUACUGUUAUGGACUCCACUGCACUGCUGUCUGUGGUGGGCGGGGCUCUCCUCCUGUCAAUCAUCCUUGUAACCAGUCUUUGUACAUACUGCUGGGGGCAUAAACAACCAACAUCCAUCCCUCAGAGGUCCAGUGAUUCAGAAUACCCAGCAUCAGUUUUUGUGGAUCGGCAUCCCGUGUCGACAUAUGCGCCCCAUAUGGACCAUACCAGAAUUGUACCUUACCAACAAUCCAAUUCACUUGGUUCACCAUCUAUUACUGUCACAAAGGUGCCCUCCUGUCCUCCCUCAGAAACUGGAAGUCAAGCCAGUUAUGUGAAUCAAAACGGUGAGGAGGGAAUCAACAUUCAUGUCAGUCAUCAUGAGACUGGCGAUGAGCCGAAUAAUCAGCCUCAAAGUGAAUACAUAACUGUUCUUCCCGAUUCCCCGAUCACACAGUCUCAGGGACCCAGCCGAGCUUCAUCCCAGAGCUCAGGAGAAUGUUACAUAAAUGUAAAAAAAGAUGAGAAUGUAUCUGAAGAUAUAUGUGAGUAUGUGGAUGAAUCAGACUCAGACAUUCCCGAUUAUGAAAAUUUCAGUAAUUCUCCAGGCCACAGAAAAAAAAGCCAUAGUCUGUCCCGUGGAAGUCAAAGCAGUGAUGAACGGGACAGCUCUGAUUAUGUCAACACAGGCCCUAACUUACAGUAAUCAAGAAUUUGCCUUUUACCAAAUAAUGACAGAUAACAAGGCCUAACCAUCAUCCUGACUGCCAGAGGAGUUUCCAGAUUUAACUAUGCUUUGAAUUUUGAAGUGCAUUACCAAGAGCAUUGAACCAGUGUCACCACAGAAAACUUCCUCCCUCAAUCCUUCUGACAGAUUUGCUGACGAUACCUGAGAAUGUUUUUAUUAGUUUUUUAAAUUAACAAUUGCUGUUUACAAUGUACUGCAUCCUGGCUUUUAUUUCCAAAUAUAUGAGCACAAAUUUCUUUGAAUCCGCCAUGUAAUAUAUAGCUUUUUGUCAUAAUUCAUAAACCUGUUAGCUAUUGGUUUGUAAAU